AUAAAUAAAACCCUCUCAACGUACCAAAGAUUCAUCCCUAAAUACAGUACCAAAGUACAGAGAAAGAACCAGUUCGUUGGAAACACAAAGGAAGUGCUUGAUAAGUUGGAGAGAUGGGUUCAGAUUCUCAAUACCAAAUUCCGGCAAUAGAAUUCACAAUGAAUUCGCCAGAAAUGGACCGAGGAACUGAUGAGUGGUACCAUCUGUGCAAGAAGGUUCGAGAGGCUUGUGAAAAUUAUGGUUGCUUCGAAAUUGUGUAUGAUAAGAUACCUCCGCAGUUAAGAGCCGAAACCUUCUCUGCGUCAAGGAAACUCUUCAGCCUUCCACUUGAGACAAAGAAGCAGAACCUUAAUCCAAAACCUUACCAGGGUUACGUUGGACCAAGUGUCCGUGCUCCCUUGUAUGAAGGCUUUGGCUUUGAGGAAGCAUCCAACUAUGAAUCCCUUGGUAGCUUGACAGAAGAUAUAUGGAGUCAUGACCAGUUUUGCACUGUCAUUUCUAUGAUGAAGCAGCUGGAUGAGCUGAAAGAUAUGAUUAACUUGAUGAUUCUUGAUAGCUAUGGUUUGGAAGAGACAUCAAAUUUGAUCAUGGUGUCCAAGACACUGCUACGGUUACAGAAGUACACGGCACCUCCUUCAAGGGAGUACACCAUGGGAUCCCCGGCUCACACUGACAAGAAUUUUGGCACAAUCCUUUUCGAUGAUCAAGUUUCAGGUCUUGAAGUUCAAACCAAGGAUGAACAAUGGGUCAAGUUGUCUAUAUCUCCUCGCUCUUUCGUCUUUGUUGUUGGAGACUCCCUCAUGGCAUGGAGCAAUGGCAGAAUGCAUUCUGUGAAUCAUCGGGUGAUGAUGUGUGGGGAAAAAGAACGACAUUCUUUAGCAGCAUUUGCACUUCCAAUAGAGGGUUCCAUCAUCAAGGCACAAAAGGAGCUAGUAGAUGAAGACUACCCCCGUAUUCUUAAAGAUUUCGACUAUACAGACUUUAGCAAGUUCAUCUUUUCAGAAGGAAGAGCCAUCGAAUCACAAAUGCAAGUUUUCGCAUAUGCUGGAAUUAGAACUUGAUUCGUUAAUUAUAAAAAUUGGAAAUAAAGGUUCUUGACUUAUGUAAUGCCGCAUUUGCCUGAUUGGAUGAGGCUCCUCCUCUUAUCCUACAUCUUCGUUGACACGCUUGGUCUUCUGAAUUUCCGGUUUCUUUGAGUUGUAUUUUAUUUAUCCUCUUCAUCUUUUUGAAUGGAGAUUAGUACCUCUGUUGAUUUUCUGUUUUUGGCUAGGGGCAUGGCCGUUGUCCUCCCUUCCUCUGUUUGUAAUCCUUUUCUCUUUUAAUAAAUUGGGUUGGGAAACUCUACUCUCUCCAAUCCUAUC